AUGAAUUUCACACCAAGAAAAACUAAUCAUAUUUACGCUACUGCUUCCAUUGCACACGCCUGGUUCACGCAUCAUUAUCUAACGUCCUUCAAUUUCCUGUUAUCUUUCCUGUUGUUAACGCUCUAUGUUUCACUGUUGUUUUGUUCGUUUAGGGAUGAGACUUCCCCACCACCUGACGAAACGCCGCUGGUGAAGUUACACGCGACGCAUAGUGAGGAUAAUGCGUGCAUUUCGGCCUCGUGUUCCUCUACGACUUGUUCAGGUGCGGUAGCAGCAGGUGGCUGUACAUCAGCUUCUACCGCGUCAACAGCGUCCGGGGGGUGCCCGACGGUGGCUCCUUUCGCACCUUUACCACCGUCGACAACGACGACGCCGGCAACAAUCACAGUGGCAGCGGCCGCGCCGUCACCCCUCGGACCUGGAGGUCCACCUGGACCUGGCCCUGGUUCUGGGGGUCCUGGGCCAGCUGCGGUUGUCACUGUAGGCCCACCUCCACCUAUAGCUGUUGCUCAGCCUGGACCGGUUGGAAAUGUUGGGGUCGUCGGUAUCGGAGUUCCAGUUGGUGUAGGCGUGGGGUUGAAUGUUGGCGUAAACAUGGGUGUGGGAGUGCCGGGCGGAGCUGGUGCUCCACCUCACCCACAGACAUUGCCCCUUGGAGUCGGAGCUGUAGGACUUCAACAGCCACAGCCGCCGCAACAACAGCAGCCUACGCCGGCCAUCCACGUGAUUGGUGUGCUGGGUGGCGGACCCACCUGUGAUGCCGCUCUCUGUGAUAACAAUGGGCCCGUGCCUGCGCAGCCCGCCAUGCGGAUGGUCGACGUUCAGCCGCUGGCGCCGCUAGGUGCGACGGCAGUCACGACGGCAAUGGUGCCUGAUUGUGGUGGCCCAACCGGGGGCGGCGCCCCUGGUGGAGGCAAUGGCCCAUUGAGGCCAGGUGUUCAGCUGACCGGACAGUUAACGACGGCAGCUGGUCAGGUGGUGGUAACGACAGCUGGCGUAGCUGGAUCACCUUCGCCAGAUGGAGCUGGCAGCGGUAAAGAGCUGCUUGGCGUUGGCGCUCCGGCCGUCAACGUCAUAUGCGCAUCUCCGAAUAUAAGUGUAAACAGCGCGCAUCAGCGACGCCACAAAUUUCACAUGGGUUAUCUGACCACCUGGUCCGGAGGCUCACAGGGUUCGAGCUCCGUGGAGUCAUCUUCGACCUGGCCGCUGUCGCGGGACUCCUCCACCGAUACGGCGUCAUUCACAGACAGCACAGGCACCGAUCUGGAGGCAUUUAUCGUCGAGACGUUACAUAAAAACCACAAAGAACGUAGUAUGAUGUUACGACUUGAGCAGGACCUUAUCGCGCUACUGAACGACCAGGGUCGGACCUCACACAAGUUUUCCCCAAUGACCUCCUAUCACCGAAUGAUUGUGCAUCGAUGCGCAGCUUUCUUUGGUUUGGACCACAAUGUCGACACGAGCGGUCAGUCCGUUAUUGUCUCGAAGACGAAGCAUAGUCGCGUGCCUGAACGACGCUUUCAGGAGUACCUCAACAGUCCGCCACUCGAGCUGUACUCGACCGGACGAACCGGUGGGCCUGAUAGCCGUCCGUCGGCCUCCUGCCAGCCGCAUUGGACCAGUGAUCCCGCCAUGCUGUCGGUGAAAAAGCUUAACAUACUAAAGCGGGACAAUUCGAAAGAAAAGGACGAUAAGGACAACACGUCCGGCAGGACUUGUUGGCUGUCGGACGGAUGCGGUAACAAAGCCUUCCAUGGUCUCGAGGGCCGAAGGUGUCGCUCAAUGGAGGAACGGGAAGAACAUUACAAUCUAGUCAGAGAACGCAUUUUCAAAGGCGGCUCGCUCGACGACCGGGCAACGGCUUUAUCAACGAGUACAUCGCCGGUCGAUCCUGUCCAAUCGCUCUUGCCGUCACCACGUGGAGUUGUGAUACCCGCUGAAGGUGUUGCCCCUGGUGUUGUUUCGGGCGAGCUCGUUAUCUCGGGAGCAGCCGCCAGAACGACGCCGGAAGUUGUUUCAGUAGUCGUUUCAUCAAUGCCCGCCGUCGUAAACGACACCAGCGAAAGCAUCACCAGUAUCGGUAUCAGCGUCCAUGAUGGCGGUAGUGACCCGGACAAUCCAAGCCCAUCGAGUACAAGCACGAGUGCAACGGUACGCCCUUCGUCGGAAAAAGACAACAACGGACUGAACAUUGCCGUCGAAGGUGGCAGCGAUACAGCAGAGAAGGCUAAGGAGAUCGAGGAGGACACGACCAAGAGGUCCGCUCCUAGUGACAGUGAAAGUGGGCGACAACCGCUGCAACAAACGCAACAGUUGCCGCCGCAGCAACAACAGCGGCGCAGUGAAAGCAGUACGAAUAUUAGUCCGGCGGAUCAACUGUCUGUUUCUAUGCAAAACAUGGCUGUACAGGAGGUGAAAAAAGACGAAGUGCGUAGUCAGCCAAGCCGGACGCGGGAUCACCCACAGCCACAACAGCAAUAUAACAAUAGUAGUUCUUCGAACAACAACAGUAAUAAAUGCCACCGAGGGGACGACCAGCAACAUCAUCAUCAUCAUCAUCACACGCACCUGGUGCACGCUCCGCACUCGCAGGGCGUUGGAGGAGGCGGAGCCCAGACUCACAAUGGGCCGGCAGUCAGCGGUGGAUCGGGUCGACAUCAUGGUGGAUCGCAGGGAUAUCAUCAUAACAAUCAUCAUCACGUUUCGGGAAGCGGGCAGCAGCAUCAUUCGCAACAGCACCAGCAGCACUUUGGCGGCGGAGGUGUUGCUCACGGGGCUUACGGCCAUGCUGGCAUACAGACAAGCGCUCAUGGCGGGAUAGUUCACGGAAGUGGAGGACCCCAUUCAGGUGGUGGAGGAGCUCAUAUGCCAUUUCGGCAAGGUGCUGCUGGCAGCGGAGGUGGUGGAGGUGCUAGCGGCGGUGGCGGAAGAAACUACAAUCAGCGAGACGCACAAACUUUCAAAGAUAACCGAUCGCCACCAGAUUGGAAACAGCACCAGAGUCCUCAGGGAAGCCAGGGUCACGCAGGUCUGGUGGAUUACCGAACGAUGGAUGGCCACACACCCGAUAAGAUGCUUCAUGGAUAUGUGCACGGUGGAGGACAUCCACAUGCGGCUGCGGCAGCGGCGCAUGCUGCUGCAGCUGCCGCAGCCCAUACACAAGGACAGCUUUUUGCUGUCCAGCCGGUAGCGGCUGAUAUGAACGGCCCGCCACAUGGCGUUACCGAGCAAUGGGUACACGUACCACCCUACGUCAACCAACUUACGACUAGUCAGGGCAUCGCCACGUAUCUCAACCAUCAACAGCAGUACACUGCUGCGGCUCCAGCACCCACCAUGUACUAUGUUCCGUCGAAUCAUUGCGCGGUUUGGCAGCCAGUUUCGAUGCCGCCUGGGAGCCACGGAGGAGCCCAACUGCAACCAACACAGAUCGCCCAGGUUGCUCCAGUUGGCCAGAUGAGUCAGAUGGCCCAAAUGGGUCAACACGGAGUGCCGGGUGAGCAUGGCAGCGUUGUUCCAUUACUUGGCUCAGUGAGUAUGCCGCUGGUUCCUCCAGGCGUCUCACCACCAAUGCUAGCACUUGGACCGAAUGGGCAGGUGUUACCUUUGCCACCCGGGCACACUGUUCAAGCACUGCAGGCUGUGCCGAAUGUACAAAGUGUGCAGGGGGUACCGGCAGCUAUGGGCCACCCGCAUCCAGCUGCAGCGCAUUCAGGCCAUCACCACAUCAAUCAUCAAAUGAAUGGCGCACAGGUGAUGUCACCGCCCCCUCCACCAGGUGCUCCUAUGCGAGCGGCGACGCCUGGACAGUGCCUCUUGCCUACACCCCUGCCGCAGGGGACGGCUUCCAGCGGAGGCGCAGCAACCGCAGCGACACCCAUCGGCCUCGCGGUUACUGGUCCGGCAGGAGGUCCCGGGCCCACCGCCCAUGCGUCAGCGGCUCACGCGCAUGCAGUACCUGCUACUCCCGGCCAACAGAUUGUGAUUGCCCCUCCAAUGUGCGCCCAGUACGGCCAGUCGGUGUGGCCCCCGGCGGGGCCGAUCUAUUGUUACAGCGCACUCCGACCGACGGGCCAGUAUUACACGCUGUCGUAUGCACCUGCACCGGGUACGAGCACUGCUGCUUUGGGGCCAAAUGGCCCUCCGGCUUAUUCGCCCGGAGGAGCAUCGGCGUCGGGUCGUGCCCUGCCACCGACAACCUGCCCAACGUCCGUGCCAAUUAUGACGCCUGCAAACGCCCAAUACGGCGUAGCGGGGGUCAUUCCAUUAACUGCUGCCGGGAGUGCAACGCCGGGCCAGGUCCGAUUUGCAGGACCCUCUAUUCUCAAUUUGUAGAGACAGAAACACAGGAUAAAACUAACUAUUACGAUAGAACGGGGAUACUGAAGGGUACCAACGCAAGCGCUGUUGUUGGUCCCGACCUUCGGCGAUAUCUCCACGUCUCAUUACACAUUAUGGCAUUCGUCACUUUUCUAUCUAUCAUCGAACUUUCCAACCUUUUUCUUAGAGCAUGAAACAGAUGCUAAGGAAGAAGACCACUAAGCAGCAAUUCUUACUUACUUACCUACCUACCUACCUAGAAGCGAGUGAUCUAAACAUUUUACCCGUUAAACAAACGUUUCUCGACGCCAAACGUUCCUAAAACGUCCGCAUAAAAUAUUACCACCUAUUCUAUGUCCCGUAUAGCUAAUAUAAUACUGCUAAUAAUAGCAAGUCGGUUUCUAUUUAAUAUACAGAUUUCCACUUUUUCAACCUGUGGUCGUGAUGAUUGUCACAAAAAAAAUUCGUCUGUUUAUUGUCGACAACAAAAUGAUAAUGCUGAUGAUAGCUAGCGAAUGCGAUGUCGGAGAUUACCAUAUUAAUAGUAAUGAUAGGAUGGUAAAGAGCCAUUCGUUCAAUCAUCGAAGCACCGGAGCACUCCUUCACGCAUUCAUUGAUAAUAAUAAUUCAGUAAUUACAUUAAUUAGUUCAUUGACAGUGAGGCUCGGGAGGCAGACAUGAAGGCUGUUGGCUGGAGAACGUUGAUAAUACGAAGCGAGGACAUUAUAUAUAGGGGAGACGGGAGGACCAUAGGAAAGCCGAGGGAUUGAGACGCUUGACAGGGAAAGCGGAUGAGUCCAAUACAGGUCGAAAAAGAGGCUGAUAUUAAAGCCAGGUCGUAUUGCGGUAGCGGGCCUUGCAGAUAGGAAAUGUAAAGCAGGAAUGCCGAUUGCGGUUAAAAAGAUUAUGGCUAGAGGAGAACUCACUGUCACAGCAGAGAUUCAUGAAUAAAGAAUUAAAAUGAAGAAUCACAAACACAAAUUCUAUUAGAGUAGAUACAUAAAUAUGUAAGAGGUUACGAGUGAGCGAGAACGCAAGCGGACUGAGUUUCAAAAAAUGUAAUAAUAAUAAUAAUGUAGAAGUGAUCCACAAAGGUAAAUGAUUAAAAAAAUAGUAAUCAUAUCGCCGUGUCAAAAAAACUAAGUUAAACAAACAAAAUAAAUUAUGAACCAGCAGAAGUGGUCGGAAGGUGGACAGAUUGUGGAAAAGAAGAAAAACUCGUGGAACAGCAUGGGAGGGAAAUCGCGAGACACCUGUGAAUAGACACCAGCGAGUUAUUAUGGGAAUUAUUACGCUAAUGGUUAAAUAUAAUAAAGAUGAGGAUAAAGAAUGAACUAAACAAAAAUGAAAGCAGAACUUGAGUUAGCAAAGGAUAUAUAAGCGAAAAGGAUUUGGGGUAAGAUUUGCCAUUGUGACGCAGCUGAUGAUCGAGUACUAGGACGCGUCUGCACGGAAGGUUGACACAAAACGUGAGCGUGUGCAUCUACGAAAAAAAAAGAAGCACUUGAUGAAGCUGAUUGUGAAAAUAAGGUACGCCAGAGUUGUGUGUUGUCAACAUAGAAACAAACCUGCGUAUAAACAAUUGCGGCGAGACUUUACGUGUUCUUGUUUGAUUGAGCAGGCCAUGUCAAUAAAGCGGACAAUGCACUACGGGAGAUGAUGAAAGAAUCGAGGCGGGACCGGAAGUUACCAAACAUAUGGAACGAAUUAAGGAAGAGUUACUUGACGAAAAGGGUAGUUUCCGCCGGCUAAUAGAUAACGGGAAGAUAACGGUGAAGCUAAACAUGUCGUGUAUGUGGAAGGGAUUUGCAGGAAUAAUACGGCCAACUAUAGUAGCCCUCUCAUCUACGCCAUUUUGGGUUCUGAUUUCACUAGCGCUGCGGUGUGAAGUUAAAAGAGCCUGGGGGAUUUGGGCUUAUGGUAAAUAUGUUGUCGAGUGAUGAUCAUAACGAGCUAAAAAUAGCAUAUGCAUGCAGCGUUUGAAAUAAACAAGGAAACGAGGGGUCAGAAAACAAACCAGAUUCGUAAUAAUAACAAAGUAAAAGGACAAAUGAGGAGAAAAAGAGGGUCCGUUUAUGAAAAGCACGCCAUGCCCAAGUCGACCAAAUCUGAAUCAUGUCACUGGAACAGCGGCUGACGAUGGUUAAACCGUAAUUCUGGAUGAUAGUAAUGCUAAUAACAUGAAUAUUAUGAAAUGAUAAUAACAUUAAUAAAAUAUAAUAACAAGAUACGAUAGAAUGAUGGAGAACAAUAAUAAGGAAGGCUCGUUGAUAAUAACCCGUAUGCUGACUAGAGAGGAAGAAAGUUGCGGCCAGGACCGUAAUGAAGGGAAUAUCUAGUCUCGAAAUAAAGUCUAGCUCAUAUUGACGUAAAAGCCGUGUAAUAAUUGUUCAGCAGUCAAAAGUCGUUCAACUGGCACCAGUCUAAAACAGGGGACGGACGAUGGAGGUGAAUCUGCAAAUGCCAAAUGAGGCCCUGUACUACGGUGGCACAUACCCAGCAGUGGUGGGACUUAACGGAUGACUAAUUAGUACACGUUGGAAAAAUUCUUAUAUGACAUCCACGUUUAUUUUGCUUUUUGAAAGACCAUUUCUAUUCGAUAACUCUCCCAAAUCUAUCGAUAUCAAUUUUUUCAUACAUUGAUAUUCUUUUGUUGCUUAUCGUCCAACGAGAACGAGAAAAAGACCACUGUACUUUCUUUUAGCUCGUUUCAAGCUAAA